CUCUCUCUCUUAUACACAGUUACACACACAUCAACCCUAGAGCUAGACCCGACUUCAUCAACAAUCUCUACACUCAAAUACUCGUUUGCAUCGGCCGUCUCCAGGAAGAUCAACGACUAGUCGAAUUUGCAGACUUACAACAACUUGAGAACCCGGAUUUGCAUGUUGACUCUGUAAGAAUGAUGAAUUUGUUCAACAAGAUAAGGGAACUCAUUUCUGCUCUCGACUGCCCUUGGAAAUUCACUCUAAAAGAUCUCAUUAAGCCUGAAGCUGAUCGCACUGAGUUCUUUCUUGGUACUAUCCUCAAUUUUCUCAUUCACAGAGGCUCAAGAAUGGAUGAAUUAAAUCCAGUGUUGGAAGAUUUGACAAAUCUUGGUGAGCAACAACAGGAGGUGGAGGCUAGAGUAUUACAGUUGAACACAGAGAUUUCAGAGCUUAAUGAAUCAAGGGAAAGUGAGACGCCUCUCAUUCAUGAAGUGGAGAUCAAAAUUAAAGAGCUUCGCCAAACCAUUUCAGCUCUUAAUAAUCACCAAAUGUCCCUAAAGGCUACAUUCAGAAAAAAGAAAGAUGCAGCAAAAGAAAUGGAUGAAAAGAUAUCAAGUGCUGAAUUUGCUUUGGUUCAAAGUGCUCAAGAAAAUGCAAGUCUGCGUUCCAAAAUUAUUCAAUCUCCAGCUAAACUACAGAAAGCACUUGAGGAGAAGAAAGCAGUUCAAAUUGAGGCUAAGAAUGCAGAAAGAGAAGCAAUGCAAUCUUUUCUUGAAAAAACUGCCACCCUUGAAGUCUAUGCAAAGGCUAGCAAGAAAAUGACCAAACAUCUGAAGCAAAUAUUACUCAGUAAAUCACAAGAGAUUACUAAAGAGUUUUUGGAGUAUUCGAAUUCUACUUGGCACUUGGUCUCUCAAAUUGGGGCAGAAGUACAAGGCAUCACAAAUUGAGCUUUUUAAUGCUCUAUUUUUGGUUUGAUGAUUAUAUAUGACGCUGAUAUCUCAAUUUAUUUUUGGGUUAAUGUUAAUAAGGGAUUAAUGGGUUAGAAACUAUUAUAAGUAUUAUAAUUUGGUCACUGGUAACUGUUUGUAACUAUUUACGAUCUUUAAACUAACUGAAAAUGUUUUAUAUCAACCAAU